AUGUUUACCCCACCCUCCUCUUCCCAAUCCGAAUCCAUCAUGCUCAAAGGAGACCCUCCCCUCCGCUUUUCUGACCGUCUGCACCACUUCACCUGGGCCUGGUACACCCUCACAAUGAGUACUGGUGGUCUAGCAGUCCUCAUCAUUAACCAACCGAACACCUUCUCCGGCAUCCGCGAGAUCGGUCUGGCAGUCUACAUCUUCAACCUCAUCCUCUUCGGCCUCGUAUGCUCCCUCAUGGCCGCACGCUUCGUCCUCCACGGCAACCUCCUCGACUCUCUCCGCCACGACAGAGAAGGCCUCUUCUUCCCAACUUUCUGGCUCUCCAUCGCAACCAUCAUCUGCGGCCUAGACAAGUACUUCGGUGACGAACCAGGUGCAUCCUUCACCCGCGCCCUUGAGGUCCUCUUCUGGAUCUAUUGCGCUUGCACCCUCCUCGUCGCAGUCAUUCAAUACUCCUUCGUCUUCACCUCGCACUCCUACGGCCUGCAAACAAUGAUGCCUUCUUGGAUCCUCCCCGCUUUCCCCGUCAUGCUAAGCGGUACAAUUGCUUCUGUCAUCGCCGCGAAUCAGCCCCCGCGCUCCGCUAUCCCCAUCAUCACUGCCGGCGUCACAUUCCAGGGUCUCGGCUUCUCCAUCAGCUUCAUGAUGUACGCGCACUACGUCGGCCGCCUGAUGCAAUCCGGCCUCCCCAACCGCGAACACCGCCCCGGAAUGUUUAUCUGCGUCGGCCCACCAGCCUUCACAGCCCUUGCACUCAUCGGCAUGGCGCAAGGCCUUCCAGAACAAUUCGACCUCCUCAACGACGGCGACGAUCUCGCACUAGACGGCCGCGUACUGCAACUUCUCGCCAUCGCGGCGGGUGCAUUCCUCUGGGCGCUUAGUCUGUGGUUCUUCUGCAUUGCUGUUAUCGCAGUUAUCCGUGAACGACCCACUGCGUUCCACCUGAGCUGGUGGGCGAUGGUCUUCCCGAACACGGGGUUUACGUUGGCUACGAUUAGUCUGGGGAAUGCGUUUAACUCGCCCGGUGUGCUUGGUGUGGGGUCUGCGAUGACGAUUGGGAUUGUGUGCAUGUACAUCUUUGUGUUUGGGGGGCAUGUGCGCGCUGUGUUGAAGAAGGAUAUUAUGUAUCCUGGGAAGGAUGAAGAUGUUUCUGAGUAA